UUGACUGUGUGUGUGUGCGUGAGCCGCUGAUAACGCAGCUGAUCGGCCGAUUUGGGUGUUGGUUUUAACAUUUCGAUCGAAGGAAACCGGGAGCAGAGAAUGGCCAGCAAUUCCAGCAGAUCCGAGCAGUGCAACAACCAGGUCACAAAGAUCACCAGCGACAUGGUCCACCAACUGCAGGGAGCGACUUCGAAGGAGGCGCAAUCGAAGACUGAGGUGAUCCCAAGUAAUCCGCAAUGGCGGUGGCCCCAACUGAUGAUCGUUUUCGAGGACGGUGAUCUGCACUCGGCUCGCCAGCAGUUAUUGGAAUCCCUGCAGAAUCCCUUUGCUCAAAGAUCUGUGGCUACUUUGGUGCUCCAGGAGAGCAUAGCCGAUCAGUUUGUGGGACUGGUGGCUCAGGAUCUUCGUCCGCUGGCCGAACAGGUGGCCAAGAACCCCACUUUCAUCAGCACGCUGGCCAAGAUCGAUCAGCUGAAGUUGAAGGUGGUGAAGGGCGAAGGAAUCAAGGCUGGAGAGUCGCCAGUUCUGGUCUACGAUUCUGUGCACAGCUACCUGGGAACCGGAGCCACUGGAGUGGUGACUCUUCACACCUUCCGUACUGCCAAGGAGGCCGGCGAGUUGGCCAAAAGGGAUCCGCUGCCUUUCAGCCAAGUGAGCGUGUGGAACGAGAAAUUGGCCUGCGCCUACGAACUGAUUCCUCGCCUGCCAUUCUACAUAUUCGCCUUCAACUGCUUCAAUCCGGACUUUAGUCCCAUUAAAGAAGCCUUCGAUGGAAAUCGCAACGAUGUUAUCCUGGCAAAGAACUACCAUUACGAAUCCGUGGUGGUUGGUGGUCAAAGGAGGAUCGUCGUGUUUCCCGUGGGCACCAUCUUUGCCAACUAAUAAUGGAGAUCAGGAAUAUGGAGUUCACGAGAAAACAUAACCAGGUGCUCUAUCAGCAAUAUUUUAAAUACCUCUCUUAAGCAUUUAACUUGUAUCCAACGGAUUUUACAUUUCAGUUGGAAUUAUUCACAAUUGAAUUUAAUUUGUCCGCCCAUAAGGCAUUUUACCAACUAAAAGUUGUACUAUAAUAUUUCAACUGAACUGUUAAGAGUCCAAUAAGCCAUAAAUGUUUUUUAUACUCAGCCAAUAAUUUACCACUGAAAAACUA